AUGAUAACUAGCGAUGUGGAGGUUGGAGCAGGAGAUAGCAUUGGGCAUACCGUCCAAUUUCUACUUGAUUGUAAAGAAAAAGGUCGGGAUCUUGGCAAUCUACGUCCCCCAUCAAUUUUCAUGGUUCCAAGACUCUACCGAGAUCUCAGUUCAAGAUCUUUUACUCCUAGUCUUGUCUCUAUUGGACCUCUUCACAGACGAGAUAAAAAUUUGCAGAAGUUUGAAGUUCAAAAAAUGCCAUAUUUACAUUAUUUAUUGGAUCUAUCGGGCUCCAACCCAGAGCAAACUUUACAAGAAUGUGUGCAAAAGGUGAGUACGAAAAUUGAACAAAUAAAAGCAUGCUAUGAAGAGUCAACGACUUACAACGAUGAGGAUCUUACUAGAAUGAUGGGAAACUGGUCGAUUGCUCCAUUAACAGUUCGAGACCUGGUGUUGAUAGAAAACCAAAUCCCGUUUUUUGUUCUUAAAGACAUCUUUGAAUCUACUGUUCUUCAUUUUAAACCAAAUACCUCUCUGACUAACCAUAUUAAAAUACUUCUCCGCUAUUACAAUUUCUUUGGAGAAUAUAUAAUAACAAGCAAUAUAAGCGUAGAAACCACUGAUCAUGACCAUAUUCUUGGCCUUCUUCACAAAUUUUUACAACCUACACAUGAUUUCCCAUCAGCAUCUUAUUCAUAUCCAAAGAGGCACUCCGCCUUGGAACUCGAUAGAGCUGGGGUAAACUUUAGGCCUAAUGAAGAUGUAAAUUGGGCAAUAGCCAUGGAAAUGAAAUUACCCAGGUUUUCAUGGUUCCCAUGGUUUUGGUGUAAGCCUACUUUGAGGAUGCCAAAACUGCAUGUUCAUGAUAACACUGAGUUGAUAUUAAGGAACCUGAUUAUGUAUGAGCAGGCUUGUCUACUUACUAGAUACAUCACAGCAUAUGCCUGGGCCAUGGAUAUGCUAAUCGAUACUGCUGAGGAUGUUGCCAAGUUGAUAAAGUCAGGGGUCCUGAUAAACGAUUGUGGCUCUAAUGAGAAUGCUGCAAAUAUGAUAAACAGAAUAUGCCAAGACGUCGCCUUAGAUGGUUUUUAUUAUCAUCAAGAGUGGCAAGAUCUGGAUACCUACUAUAAUAGAUACUGGCCCAAUGCUGCUGCAGGGUUGAAGCGGACAUAUUUCAGUAGUCCAUGGCAUAUGGUUGCUGUCUUCGCUGGAAUUAUUUUGUUUAUUCUUACCAUAGUUCAGACAAUCUUUACAAUCAAGGCUGCAAAUCCGAUAAUUGUAACUAAACAUUAG